AUGGCUGACAUUGAUAUGGAUGAAAUGAACCGCGUCGACGACCGCGAAGCCGAAGAAGCCGGAACGGCGGAGGAAGAAACAAGUUUCAUUGACGAUGAUGAUGGGAGACGGCACGAAAGUAUAUUAAUUCCCAUUGGAUUCAAUCCAGACGUUGACGGAUCAAGACCCAGCGGUUCCACACCAAACAUCAGACGGGAUGUUGGGGGUAAUGAAACGGGCCUAUACGUUGGAUAAAAAGGAUUUCCUUAAAAGGGAACUGGGAGUAAAUAUCAAUAAGGGAGACGGUCCAUCUUCCACCAUCAUCUUUGACAAAAUGAAGCUAACCGUAAAUAAGGCCGGAACAAAAAUUAACGGUGCUACAUUCAAAGAUGUCAAGAUCAUUAUCUCGAAGAAUGGUAAAAUGAUAUACUCUACGGAUAAGAACAAGGAAUUCGUCAUCAAUGAAUACAAGGAUUUGAUCAGGAAAGCUAAAAUAGAGCAUUCAAAAACACCUGCAGCCUUAGUGGAGGAACAACUCGAACGACAGAAUUUAGAUGCUCCUCAGGAACUUGUGGAUAAUGUAAUGGAAAAUAUCAUCAAAAGAAUGGAUGAUGAACUGUCUAACCAAAGCGAAGCCAUCAGUAAUAGUACAGUUAUAACAGAGAACGAACUAAGGGAACUCAGAGGUAUUCUGAACGUAAAAGGAAACUCGGGUAAGCAAAAGAUUGAGUAUCUUGAAGUAGAAAGAAAUCAUUGGAAAGAACUGGCUGUAACUGAACGGACUGCAGGACGUGAACAAAAAGGCUCUCCUGUACGAAGCAAUGGCAGACAUGACAGAACUAAAAGCGGAUGAGAUAAGGUUAAGAUCAAACGAACGACCAAAAGGAACGACCAAAACGGAAACAAGCGAUCUUACGAGGCUCGAAAGAUUUAGGAAGUGGGCAAAAGAAAAUAUAGCCGGAAUAUCAGCCGUAGCGAUAUCUGCGGCGGGUAUCAUUACCACGAUUAUUAUGGGAGCCAGAAGCGCAGCAAGAAAGGGAGCGAGAGCAACAAGCAAGUUCACAAAAGCAGUGGCAAACCAAGCUGGGAAGGUCGGACCCGUACUAGCAUCCGUACUGAACCUCAUCGCCAAGGUUUUAGGAUGGGGAGCAAAGGGUAUUGCAUUCCUAGCGAAAAAUCUUUGGAUUUUAGCACUGGCAUUAACCUACUUCCUGUACAAUGAAUACAAAAAGAAAAAAUAA